AUGCCUUCCAAUUCUCCGGCCCCCAGAACCCGUACGACAGAAACAACCAAGAAACUAUUACAAUGUACGCUCUGUAGCAAAAAGUUCUCGCGAAUUGACCACUUAAAGAGGCACCAAUUAAGACACACUGGAGUUAAACCAUACUCGUGUAUAUUUUGUUCCGAUGGCUUUACAAGGAGCGAUAAUCUGAGAGACCAUUACCCAGGCUGCACUCUUAGACAAGGUCGGGCGAUACCAGAAGCUGCGCGAGGCGGUAGACGCUCACAUGCUUGUGACUCAUGUACCGCGAUGAAGCUUGGGUGCGACGGGAAGAAUCCAUGCAAUACUUGCUGCCAAAAAAGAAUUGAGUGCAAGUUUCUAAGGCUGGAAUCUAAAGGUUUGCAGGCCCGCAGUCAAAGCUUCAAAUCCCAGGUAGAGGAAUUCAACAGGGGUUCCAUCAACUUUCUCUUGAAUGAAGGCUCUGGGAGUUUUAUUGAUUGUUUCCGUUUUCCCGCCACCGCAGAGCGCCGUAACAUCUUUAAUUUUCGAGCACAACAGCCCGUAGAUCUAAUUGAACAAUAUAGUGGCAGUGAUAAUGGUUCUUAUGAGGACGAGCCAAUUUCCUGGUCAGUGGAAAACGAUAAUUUUCUGAAUCUGAUGAACAGUCCGUACUCUGGAUUUCAAAACGAAGCAGCUCCUCCGAGCCAUAUGGCAUUAAGAGAUUGGGAACCGCCGAGUAUUCAAUCGUCCUCUAUUAUUCACUGUGUCCUAGAAAGAGCCUUGACGAUGCAACUUAGUCCACAGGAACAAGCCGAUAUCAAUCAACACUUACAGCUUAUUUAUACUCCGUCAAAAAUUACACGCUUUGUCCACGACGCCUUUGCACUUCGACAUCCAAACUCUCCCAUUCUUCAUACUCCUUCAUUUGAUAUAGAAACGGCCCCACUUCCACUUCUAACGGUGGUCACCAUCAUGGGAGCUAUAUAUUCCAAAAAUGAAACCGAGGCUAAUGCGGCACGUAUGUUGCUCGAUCUGGUGGAACAUUGUAUAUUUUCCUUGGAUAAUUUAACAGAAGAGCACGAGAUUAGACAGACAAUGCGCAUAGGACAUUUCGAUGAGAGUCCUUUUGCUUUUCAAACUCUUCAGGCUGCUUACCUUAUCAUGUCUCUACAGUUCUGGGCUGGAACCAUUGUUGCUCGAAAACGUACCAUCGAGAGUCGAUUUGGAGUAGUUGUUAAGGUCGCUCGUCGUCUCCAUCUUCACCGAACACGGCACGGUCAAAAUGACAUUAUUUCUGAGCCCCUCUGGAUCGAGAAAGAAUGUCAAAUCCGCUUAAUCAAUGCGAUAUAUCUUUUCGAUUGUACUCUCUGCUUUUCGGUUCACUAUCCAUGUCGUUUCACCCUCCCCGAGAUUGAGUUUGAUCUUCCCUGUGAAGAUCGGUUCUUUUUUGUGCAUCACCCAUUUUCGAUACCCAAUUUUUUACCGACUCGCCAGAUAUCAGCUUACGAGUCUUUCCAAAAUCUUUUUGCCAAGAUACCUGAAAGUCAAGAUACAGCUACUUUGAACGACCCAAUGGGUCUAAGUUCAACAGAUAUGUUUUUAUUAAUUAACUUAAUUUUUGUCCAUGCACACACACAGGUCGUAAUGUUCGCUCCAUUACGAGCUCAUUCCGUUGAUAUGACAAACUCUAACGGUACUUCACCGCUGCUAGAUGCUACAAUCUCUUCUAUUAAGACUGCUCUAACUCGCUGGCACUCAAUUUGGUUGAAUAUGCGCGCCAACAUGUCACCACAAAUGUGGGCCGAGCAGGAUACUUUCCGAAACUCCUUGAAUUACUGGAUGCUGAUCCAGAUGAAUAUCAUGAACCCGAGUACUGUAGACAGUCGCUUACGCUUGGAGGCCGGGUACGACGGUGCACUUCAUCAACUUCGAGGUUUUACGAAUGAGUGUUCGCUUUAUGAAGGGUGA